UGUCAGUUGAGAAAAAUAUUUGGAGGUAUAUAGUUUGUUUCGUUGCCGUCGAAUCGAAAUAAAAUUAAUAAAACGAGCAUUAAUCCACGUUAAAUAGCUGGACCAUUCAGCUAUAGUCAUUUUACAUCGGAUUGCAUAAGUUUUAGCAUCCAACAAUGAAUAACUCCGCCGCAAAGGUAAGCGAAAUAUUCCGUGAAGCCGGAACCGCGUUUAACAAGCUUGCUGAAAUGACGAAGUUACUGCACCCCAUGGGGGACGCGCAGCCCGGCGGAAAGUGGACGGACGACGAGAUAGAAAUGCUUAGAUCUUGCGUGCAUCGAUUCGCCAUAGACUUGAACAACUUAAGCCAGCAUAUCAAAGGUAGAACUGUGAACCAAAUACGCACUACGCUGAAGAAGAAAGCGUUUGAGGACGCCAGUAUUCCUGUUCGUCAAGUUACUUUGAACAUGUUGAAUGCGUCUGAAAACGAGGUUGAUGUUGACGGGUUGAACGAUGACGUCAAGCUGGAGUUCGAGUCGACAAACGACGAAGUGGCCUCUUGAUGCGACAUGUUUAGUUUUCCCUAAGUCUGCUGUGUUUCUUCACGGCAAAAUUAGAGAAAGCUAAAGAAGUGAAGUGAGUGAUGGAGUACACUUUAGGUUAUGUAGUGUUUGUUAAGACUAAAGUGUAUGUUGUUGUUAUGAUUAAAGAUAUGUGUAUUCAUAUUUAA